GAUCGCCAGCCUAUUGCAGGGCACAUACCGUUAUAGACAAACAACCUUUUACACCUAUGGACAGUUUAGAGCAGGUGUGUCCAAACGGGCUGCAUGUAGAAAAAGGAUGCAAAGGCCGCUAUCACAUUCUUCAAUUUGAUAUGAAUGCUAACAUGCUAAAACUCGUCCAUCAAGCAAUUAUAUAUUAGUUAUUUGAAGAAACUGCUACAUCGCAGCUUUCUGUUAACAGCAAUAAGGUAAAUAGUUUUGGAUUUUUCAUGAUUUUGGCAUGGCCCACAGUCCUGUAUGCUGUCUCUCAAUAAUGAUUAUUUUGAUGUAUUUACAAAUCAGACUUGGACAACAUAUGGGAGAAAGUGGAGGAAAACAUUCCUGUUUCUGAAAUGGAAUUAUCUUUAGUCAUAUGGCAUUAUAAAGAUACAUUUUGUUACUAUUUUAGUAGUAAAUAGUUUGUUUGCGCAUCUAGAAAAGCUCUACAUGAAACCAUUUUACUAUUCACAGUAGUAGUUGUCAGGCGCACACUCAUGGGGGAUGCGGGUGUCGCAACCCGCACACUUCUUUAACACAUACACCCAAUAGCGUUGCGGGCCGUUCUGUGAUUCGAUGACCCUAAAAUGCAUGUUUAUGAUAUGUCAGAAGAAGUUGGAGUACCUGGAGAAAAGCCACACAAGCACAGGCAAGAACAUGCAAACGCCACACAGGAAGGCCUGAGGAUGUAUUUUUUGGUUGUUUUUUUUUUAAAAACCCCAAAUCGGUUACUGGUAUGGACAGUACGCUUGUCGGUCCAUAUGUAUGUUCAUAAAGUCUCUUGACCAUUUGCCACAAUUAUUACAAAAGCAAAUGAAUAGACAAAUCUGUGGAAAUGAUUACAAAAUGAGGAGUAGCUUUUGAGUUGCACGUCGUCCCCUGUCUCCAUACAUUUCUUGUGCCAUGCACAAAUUGACGGACAUGAUGGUAAAUGUUUUUCAUACAUAAUCCUGUAGUUCCGCUGAGUCUGCCGAUCACAUUUUUUUUUCAAUAAACCAAGGUAAACAUUGUCGUUUCUUGAGGAGUAGGCUUUUUUUUUGUUAGAACAUAGUUCAACUAAAUAACACAAAUGCAAUGCAUUUGAGUCUGAUAACUACUGAGUAUCUAAAAAAAUAAAAAUCAGAUUAACAUAACUAAUCAAUUGCUCUUGUAAUGUAGUAUUUUAUUAUUAUUGUAAAGAGAUGUGGACACCCUGUGAAAUAAUAAAUUCUCUGUUUAUGAUGGACAAAAUCAGAUCGAUACUUAGCUAUAGAGACAAAAUAUUACAAACCCUUUAAGCAUGAUGCCACAGCAAACUACAACCACAAUAAUAUAAUUUGUUUGAAUUGAACACCCUUUUAGUUUUAAUUACUACGUUACAAAAUCUGAAUAUGUUAAGCUUAUUAUGUGUGGGUUUUUUUUUAUCUACUUUGAAGUGAAGUUAAUUUGUGGUAUUGUAACACUAAAGAUACAUAGAUUAUAUGAUAAGUAUAUAGUACUGGCAAUAUUUGUAUGGGCAUCAUUUUUGACAGCUCUUAUCUGUACUGGAGCUCAUUUGUUGUAUGUACAUUGCACACAAUAUUUAAUGGAAAGAACGUGGCUCCAAACAGGGCUGUUCUUUACUUGAAAACACACCGACCUUGAUGAUGUUCUGGCCACACAAAAAGCAUUUGUCAUCACUCACUUUGCCUGCAAAAACCAUUCAAGUGUCUGGUAGAUUCCACAGAGAAUGGAAAGCAGCGGUCUGUCUUUCCUUGAGGAGGAGCAAGAGCAAGAGCAGGAGGAUGCUUGUCGCCUCCCCCGUCACGUGACUCCUUCACCCUCACGUUUUCCCCCUCACCUCCAGAGUACAAAUACUGUGACGUCUCACUUAUUUUUCCUUCGUAGCUAAAUAGCACACGGCGGGUCGAUUAGCUGUUAACGGUGUGAUUUUGCCCCCCCGUGUGUCGUCUCGUGUAAAUCAAGGCUGGGAAACGUGCAGGUUGGAUGAACAAACGCACCCAAUGACAUCGCUGAGGAAAUGUAUGGUCACGUUUGUAUCAAUAACACCUACCGCCCCCCCCCCCCCCCCAAAGCAGGCGUUUACAUUUUGCAUUGGCAUUAACGUGGCUGUCGCUGGAAAUCCCACAAAUCACCAAUUACAGUCGUAUCAUGAAGAAAUUAAGACAAAGCUCCGACGCCCAAAAAAAAAAAUAAUGACAGCCAUUGUUGCUGUCAGUCGGACACCCCCGCCCUUCCCACAAUGGUACAGUCCCGGUUCAUUCAUAAAAUUGUAGCAGGGCUCUAAAAGGAGGGGCUUGCAUCCCAGCUCGUCCAGUUACCAGGUAGACUUUAUACCUGGACGACUGAACCUCGACAGGCUCCCAAUAAGCCAUUUGAUUACUGUUGUUAUUAUCGUUAUUCUUAAGUUCACUCGCGUCGCGGGUCUUCGUGAUGCUUCGUAAGGAGAUGACGCCCGACAUGGAGGCAGUGCCUCCCACCUGCCGGGCGGACUCUCCCGCCGGGACAAGGUGCCAGGAGACGGCCGAGGAGGCGAGCUCUCCUGCCUCCUCCUCAUCUUUCUCUCCCUCCUCAUCCUCGGGGGGCAAUGCAAAGGACAUCUGUGGAGACAUUGCAUUCGUUCCGACCGUCACUGCAAUCUCCUCGAGCCCAGAUUUCCAGUGGAUGGUCCAGCCUACAAUCAUUACAUCUGUCUCCCCGUCUCCGGGUUGCGAGCGAGCCAAUGAGCCGCAGAGCUCUCGCCAGGCAACACCCAUUAGAGAGGGCAGGAAUAAGGGGAAGAAUGCAGCGAGGAAGGCAAAAGCAGAGCAGCUGUCUCCGGAGGAGGAGGAGAAGAAGAGGAUCAGGAGGGAGAGGAAUAAAAUGGCUGCUGCCAAGUGUCGCAACCGACGGAGGGAACUGACGGAUACGCUGCAAGCUGAGACGGACAAGCUGGAGGAGGAAAAAGCAUCCUUGGAGACAGAAAUAGCCGACCUCCUCAAAGAGAAGGAGCGCCUCGAAUUCAUCCUGGCCACGCAUAAAUCGGUGUGCCAAAUGUCCGAGGGCAUGGAGACCGAGUUCCGGCACUCCGCCGGAUCCCCAGAAAUCCCGCCCAGUCCGGAGGAGGACCAGCUCCCGGACGACGGCAUUCAGGAAGCUCCUUCACUCCAAGACAUGGAGAUCCCCAACGAUCCGUCCGCAGCCAUCUCGGGAAACUCCAACAUCCUGCUGUGCGCCAGCGCCGAAAUCAACAUCUGCGAUCUGGAGCCCUCUCUGGACAUUAAGGGAGGGCUGCUGGACACAAUGCUGCCCACUUUGUACGACAAGCACCCCACGGAGACGGCCCGGUCUGUUCCAGACAUCGACCUGAGCAGCUCCCUCGGGGUCUCAGACUGGGAGACCUUGUACAAGUCCGUCUCCGGCGAUCUGGAACCCCUCAGUACUCCCGUGGUGACCUCCACCCCGACCUGCAGCAGCUACCUGUCCGUGUUCACCUUCUCCUGUCCUGAGCUGGACUUGCUCACAGACGGACUGGAGAGCCAUAAAGGAGGAGGAGGAGGAGGAGGAGGAGGAAAAGCCGAAUCUGUCGACCAUCUCAACUCGCCAACUCUGCUGGCCUUAUAAAGGAAUUGCUGAUGUGUUAUCUUGCAGGUUCCGCACUUUGGAAACAAGAAGUGAGCAAUUCUCACGAGCCACUGUGUGUACGUGGUAACGCUCUGAGGAUGGCUACAUUCACGAAAGACACAUAGCCAACAGUGUGAUGAUGUAGCAUGGCUUUUACUUUGACAAGAGCGAGCUCUCCAUUUAAACGCAUGCGCAGAAGUUUCCAGAUCAUUUUCAAAACAUAUAUACUGUACACCAUAUAUAUAUAUAUAUAUAUAUAUAUAUCGAUAUAUGAUCUGUUUCUAGAUCUAGGAUGUAAUGUGGAAUUUAACGUGACUGUAGGGUUUUGUGUUUUGGUGUCAGUCAGUGUAUUGAUCCCUAUUAAUGCUGUAGUCACAUUCACACAUUCAUUCUUACCUCAAUGUCAUCGACUGUGGUUUUGACCUCAUUGUUGAGAAGGUUUUCCAUGAAAACAUCCAGUGCUAUCUACUAAUAUAUAUAUAUAUAUAUAUAUAUAUCUAUCAAGAUGUAACUUAUGAUUUAUUUUUCUACCUGUCGGAAUUUGUUAAAAGUAUGAGGAGCUUGAGCAAUUGAGUGCUUAUCUAUGCUGCUGAAUAAUAAU